AUGAACAAGCUGUACAUCGGCAAUCUCAACGAGAGCGUGACCCCCGCGGACUUGGAGAAAGUGUUUGCGGAGCACAAGAUCUCCUACAGCGGCCAGUUCUUGGUCAAAUCCGGCUAUGCCUUCGUGGACUGCCCCGACGAGCACUGGGCGAUGAAGGCCAUCGAAACUUUCUCGGGUAAGAGUCCACCCCCUCCCCGGAGAAAGCACCGCCUGAACAACGGGGACCUGCUCCUCCUCUUCCCCUGCCCGCCAACUCCUCUCCGCUCCCGGCCUGCGGGGCUCGGCCUGGGCCUUUCCGGGCGGGGAAGGGUCCUCGCUCGGCUCCCGAUCUUCAGGGUUUCCGUGGGGACUGCAGCUUUCGGGUUCGACCUGAGAGCAGCGGGGUCCCGCCUCCCGCCCAGGGCCCGGGGCUUGAGCCAUUUUGAUUUGAAAGUGGGGCGUGAGCUGGGUGGCGCGGCGGCGGCGGCGGGUCGCCAUGCUGCUUCCCGAGACCCAGGCUGGGCCGAGAGGCGCGCGCCGCCGCCGCCGGGGACCCUUCCGCGGGGCCCCGCUCCGCUCCCCCGGGCCUCGCCUCCGGGCCGGUCCCGACAGGUGACCCGAAGCCCUUCUCCCUGGCUAGGGAAAGUGGAGCUGCAAGGAAAACGCCUAGAGAUUGAACACUCCGUCCCCAAAAAACAAAGGAGUCGAAAAAUACAGAUCCGAAAUAUUCCACCCCAGCUUCGAUGGGAAGUACUGGACAGCUUGCUGGCUCAGUAUGGUACAGUGGAGAACUGCGAGCAAGUGAACACCGAGAGCGAGACGGCAGUGGUCAAUGUCACCUAUUCCAACCGGGAACAGACCAGGCAAGCCAUCUUGAAGCUGAAUGGCCACCAGCUAGAGAACCACGCCUUGAAGGUCUCCUACAUUCCUGAUGAGCAGAUCACACAGGGUCCUGAGAACGGGCGCCGAGGAGGCUUUGGCUCUCGGGGUCAGCCCCGCCAGGGCUCCCCUGUGGCAGCUGGGGCCCCAGCCAAACAGCAGCAAGUGGACAUCCCCCUGCGGCUCCUGGUGCCCACCCAAUAUGUGGGCGCCAUCAUUGGCAAGGAGGGGGCCACCAUCCGCAACAUCACAAAACAGACCCAGUCCAAGAUCGACGUGCACAGGAAGGAGAAUGCCGGUGCUGCCGAGAAGGCCAUCAGUGUCCACUCGACCCCUGAGGGCUGCUCUUCUGCUUGUAAGAUGAUCCUGGAGAUUAUGCACAAGGAGGCCAAGGACACCAAAACGGCUGACGAGGUUCCCCUGAAGAUCCUGGCCCAUAAUAACUUUGUUGGACGUCUCAUUGGCAAGGAAGGGCGCAACCUGAAGAAGGUGGAGCAGGACACAGAGACAAAAAUCACCAUUUCCUCGCUGCAGGAUCUCACCCUCUAUAACCCCGAGAGGACCAUCACUGUGAAGGGCGCCAUCGAGAAUUGCUGCAGGGCCGAGCAGGAGAUCAUGAAGAAAGUGCGGGAAGCCUAUGAGAAUGACGUGGCUGCCAUGAGCCUGCAGUCGCAUCUCAUCCCUGGCCUGAACCUGGCCGCUGUAGGUCUUUUUCCAGCCUCCUCCAGUGCAGUGCCACCGCCUCCCAGCAGCGUCACCGGAGCUGCGCCUUACAGCUCCUUUAUGCAGGCUCCAGAGCAGGAGAUGGUGCAGGUGUUCAUUCCCGCCCAGGCGGUGGGCGCCAUCAUCGGCAAGAAGGGGCAGCACAUCAAACAGCUCUCCCGCUUCGCCAGCGCCUCCAUUAAGAUUGCUCCUCCUGAAACUCCAGACUCCAAAGUUCGUAUGGUCAUCAUCACUGGACCCCCAGAAGCCCAAUUCAAGGCUCAGGGAAGAAUUUAUGGAAAACUCAAGGAGGAGAACUUUUUUGGUCCCAAGGAAGAAGUAAAGCUGGAGACCCAUAUCCGGGUGCCAGCGUCAGCAGCCGGCCGGGUCAUUGGCAAAGGUGGCAAGACGGUGAAUGAGCUGCAAAAUUUGACAGCAGCUGAGGUGGUGGUGCCAAGAGACCAGACUCCUGAUGAGAACGACCAGGUCAUCGUCAAGAUCAUUGGGCAUUUCUAUGCCAGCCAGAUGGCUCAGCGGAAGAUACGAGACAUCUUGGCCCAAGUCAAACAGCUGCACCAAAAGGGACAGAGUAACCAGGCCCAGGCCCGGAGGAAGUGACCAGCCCCUUCACGUCGACCCCCAUCAUGUCGGCUGAAGGACAACAGGCCGAAAUCGAGAGCAUGAUCUCCCCAGCAGGCCUGAGAAUGAGCGGGAAUCAGGGACACUUGGGCCGGGAUGUAGAUCAGGUUUGCCCACGUGCUUGAGAAAGUUGUUCCAGUGAGGAACCCUGAUCUCUCAGCCCCAAACACCCAACCAAUUGGCCCAACACUGCCCACCCCUGAGGGUGUCACCUUGGAAAUUCUAGCUCAGGGUGCUUUUAAACGUGGAUUGUUUUAAGUUCUCCAGGUCCCAUCGAGAGGGUGGGUCAGACCCCAGUGGGAAGAGAAAUAAAAUUUCCUUCAGGUUUUUAAAACAUGCAGAGGGGUGUUUUAAUCAAUCUCAAAGGAUGAUUUACUUCUUGACCCUAAAGCCCUUCCAGCCUUCUCCUCCUUGGUUUAUUGAUUAAAAUACCUCUAUUCUCGUGCCCUGACAUCACCUCUUCCUGUAUUCACACUGAUUAGCUCAUCUUUCUGCUACUGGCAAAAGUGGGAACCAGUGCAUUGCUUUGUGUAUAUUAUUGACUCGAAGGGAGAAGACGCAUCGGCAUCUGUAGAUUAAUUCCGAUCCCUUCCUAACCAACCUAUAGGAACAGCGAGGAAUAAAGAAUGGGAGAGACAGAUGAUUAAAAUAUAUAGUAAUCCACGUUUAAAAGGAGUGCCCUUGUGGCUGAUGGAUUCCAGAUCACCACCUUGAGAAACUGGUGCAGUUCAAAUUGCCCGCGCGG